CGGAUGUACCGGGAGAGGGACCCGGUACGUUCGCCGACGGGCUGAGGUGCGGGAAAGUUCGGUGGUUGUGCGCCACACACGCUUUAUGAAUGGCCGGAGCAUGGAGGAGAUACCAUUCGAAAGAGUCAAGACCCGGCGGAAAAGGGGUCACUGUCCGGCGGGAGCGACACCCUUGGGCGCCAUCGCCUGCGAGGACGAGUUCAACAGCCGGGAGCUAGAGGCUCUUUUCCAAAACUACAACCUGAAGCUGGAGCAGACCGCCACGCUGAAAGCCCUGGCGGUACUCAUCGUGGCCGCGUCGUCGCUGGCCCUGAUGGAGCUGCUGUCCGGUCCGCGUCUCACCGUGUCCAAAGGCUCCCACCCGGUGCACUGCGUGGUCUUCCUGUCGCUCUUCAUCGUCACCAACGUCAAAUACCUGCAGGUGACGCAGCUGCAGCAGAUCGCCAAGCUCGCCUUGCUGUUCAGCUUCACCUUUGCGCUCCUCUGCUGCCCGUUCCCGGUAGCGCUGGGCUCGGCGGAGCUGCAAGGCGCCGCUGCCCCCGAGCAGGGUGUCUGGCAGCUCAUGCUGGUCACCCUGGUGGCUUACAUGCUACUGCCGGUGCGGACUCUGCUGGCUUUGGUGUUUGGAGUGAUGGUGGCUGCGUCUCACUUCAUCGUGACAGCGACCUCCGUCACGGGGAGGAAACAGAAGCUCUGGAGACCGCUGGUGGCCAACGCGGUGCUGUUCGUCAGCGUGAACCUGUCAGGGGUGUUUGUAAGAAUUCUGACGGAGCGCACCCAGAGGAAGGUUUUCCUGCAAGCACGCAACUGCAUAGAGGAGAGACUGAGACUCGAAGAUGAGAACGAAAAGCAGGAACGCCUUUUAAUGAGCCUGCUGCCCAGGAACGUUGCCAUGGAGAUGAAGGAGGACUUCCUGAAACCACCUGAGAGGAUAUUUCACAAGAUAUACAUCCAACGUCAUGACAACGUCAGCAUUCUGUUUGCAGAUAUCGUAGGUUUCACAAGCCUUGCUUCACAGUGUACUGCUCAGGAGCUAGUCAAGCUGCUCAAUGAACUCUUCGGGAAGUUUGAUGAACUGGCCACGGAAAACCACUGCAGGCGUAUCAAGAUCCUGGGGGACUGCUACUACUGUGUAUCAGGCUUGACCCAACCCAAGGCAGAUCACGCUCACUGCUGUGUGGAAAUGGGCCUGGACAUGAUUGACACAAUAGCGUCAGUGGUGGAGGCAACGGAGGUGGAUCUGAACAUGCGCGUCGGUCUGCACACGGGACGGGUGCUGUGUGGGGUGCUGGGUUUGAGGAAAUGGCAAUACGACGUUUGGUCCAAUGACGUCACACUGGCCAACGUGAUGGAGGCUGGGGGACUGCCUGGCAAGGUGCACAUCACCAGGACCACUCUGGAGUGUCUGAACGGAGACUAUGAGGUGGAGCCAGGCUUUGGCCACGAAAGACACGCCUUCCUCCAAAAACAUCAUAUCGAGACCUUCUUUAUUGUGCCAUCACACAGGAGAAAGAUCUUUCCAGGACUUAUUCUGUCGGACAUUAAGCCCGCCAAGAGGAUGAAGUUCAAAACGGUGUGCUACCUGCUGGUGCAACUCAUGCACUGUAGGAAGAUGUUCAAGGCCGAAAUCCCCUUCUCCAACGUAAUGACCUGCGAGGACGAUGAUAAGCGGCGAGCCCUACGGACCGCGUCGGAGAAGCUGAGAAGUCGGACCUCCUUCUUGGCCAGUGCCGUGCAGCACACCCCAGGAACCCGGGUUAACCGUUACAUCGGGCGACUGAUCGAGGCCCGGCAGACGGAGUCCGAAACCUCUGACCUCAACUACAUCACUCUGGCCUACAGGAAACGAGACAGGGAGCGCAGGUAUUACCAGGUGAAGGAUGAUCAUUUCAUCAGUGCAGUGGUUCUGUCUCUGAUCCUCGCUACUCUGUUUGGCCUUGUCUAUCUCCUAAUGAUACCACAGGGGAUGCUGGUGCUACUGCUGCUGGUGCUCUGUGUGUGUUUCCACGUGGCCUGCGUCAUGUACCUGCACCUAACCAGCGUGCAGUGCCAACCAGGUUGCCUCACCAUCCAGAUCCGAACCGUGCUCUGUAUCAUCCUGGUUCUGCUGAACUUCUCCAUCACCCAAGCUUGCGUGGUGGGCUGUGUACCCUGGGUGAGAGGUGGCACAAACUCUAGCACUUCCUCAGAGACGGUUGUCACGGAAACAAACAGGGAUAGGACAGCAAAUGCCACAGAGCCAGAGAAGACAUGUCCCAAUGUCGCCUACGCCCUUUUGUCAUGUGUGGCCGGAACCCUAACUAUCGUCCCCUACCUCCGUGUCUCAUCCGUCCCUAAGAUCCUCUUGCUCCUCCUCCUCUCCACUUGCUACACCGUUGUCAUGGAGACCAGUGGCUAUCGGCAAGCUGUGGGGGGAGGGUUUCUGCACACCCGGGGGUAUGAUCCUGUAUUGGCUGUCUUGCUGUUUGCUGGAGCUUUGGCAUUACACUCCAGACAACUAGAUUUAAAACUAAGGCUGGAUUAUCUCUGGGCUACUCAGGCGGAGGAGGAGAGAGAUGACAUGGAGAAAGUGAAGCUGGACAACAAAAGGAUACUGUUCAACCUUCUGCCUGCCCAUGUGGCCCAGCACUUUCUCAUGUCCAACCCCAGGAACAUGGUAAGAAACUCUUCUAUUGGCAAGUUUAGACUUUUCCAAAAACAAAGGCCUGAGUCAUCUGACCUGUACUACCAGUCAUAUGCUCAGGUUGGAGUGCUUUUUGCCUCUAUCGCAAACUUCAAUGACUUCUACAUUGAACUGGAUGGGAACAACAUGGGAGUGGAGUGUCUUAGGCUGCUAAAUGAGAUCAUUGCUGACUUUGAUGAGCUGAUGGAUAAAGAGUGCUACAGGGACAUAGAGAAAAUUAAGACCAUUGGCAGUACAUACAUGGCUGCAGUAGGGCUGGUUCCUACAGCUGGCUCCAAGGCUAAGAAGUCCAUCACCUCACACUUAUGCACAGUGUCAGAUUUUGCCAUUGAGAUGUUUGAUGUCCUGGAUGCCAUCAACUAUCAGUCUUACAACGACUUUGUCUUGAGAGUAGGUAUCAAUGUAGGUCCAGUGGUGGCAGGAGUGAUUGGAGCCAGAAGGCCUCAGUAUGAUAUUUGGGGAAACACAGUGAACGUAGCCAGCCGAAUGGACAGCACUGGAGUACAGGGCAAGAUACAGGUGACAGAGGAUGUGUAUCGCCUCAUCACAGACCAUUAUGACUUUGUGUGCCGGGGCCAGGUCAGUGUCAAAGGCAAAGGUCAAAUGCUCACUUACUUUUUGGAAGGGCGUAGCCAAAGCAGUAGGUCAUCGCAGACCCAACCAGCCAGGAAAAGUGAUCGCCGAUCAAGCCCAUUUGCCCUAACCAAUGUAUGUACUAGAUUAAGCCCCGCCCCAACAGUGACUACUUAUGCUACAAUCAGGACCUCUAGUCCUGGUAUGGCCAAGCCAACCACCUCCACCAGCACCACCAGAUACCUGCCCUCUGUCCCCACAGCAAUGGUGUGAUUGACAAGCACACGGUCUCCAUGGUGACUGUGGUGCACUCGACGGAGAGAAAAUGAGAGGGGAGGAGGGGCUAUAGAAUGGGCUAUAGAAUGCAAGCAGAAGGGAUGGCAAAGGGAUAGAAAUUGAAAAUAGAGGAAGAUGAAGGAAAAUAAAAGAAGAAAGGGAGAAGAAGAGAUCUUCAUUAAAAUUGAACCAUCUGUGGAGUUUUGCUUCCCUCCGUACCAUCACCUCUUUGAUUUGUGAGACAGAGAAGAGAUCACUGUGUGCGCUUUAUGGAAUGCUUGGGCUUUGGCCUGGCCUGUGUCUAAGACUAAUCUUUUGAGUCUGAGGAGAACCUGUGUUCCUCCAGCAUGUUUGGGCCCUGUUCGUUGUUUCAAACCACAGGGUAUUAUUACCUUCAGCAGGGUGUUUUAGCCACUUUGCUCUAUAAAGGCCAAGGAUGUCUCCAGAUUUUCAGGGUAGACUUCCCCGCUGUGUCCACAAGUAUAAUGGAGUAAAUCAAUACUGAGAACCUUUACUACGCACAGUUGAUAGUGUAGCACCCUAGCCUCUCACAACAUAUCUUGAAUAUACUUCAACUGGCCCCUCCCCUCAGUAUGCAACCAAAUCAGUGCUGUUGCCUUAGCGACCACUCCUCAGAAUGAAUUUACUGCAGUGUUAUAUUGCCUUUGAGGUCAGCUAUCAAUCCAUUAGAGAUCAAUUAGCUAUUGAACUGAAGAGAUAUAUAUUUUGAAAUGUGAUAAAUCCAAAUAUAUAUAAUUGUGAACGGUAGUUAGAGCUUAACUUGCCACAACAGGGCCUCCCAUCAUUUUUUGGGUUACUGAUGCUAUAAUAAUAGCAUCCGUAUAAUACUGGCCCUUGCCAACUCAUUAUAAACCUUAGAAUGGUACGAGUAAAAACUUUGAUUCCCAGGGCAUGGACACUAUUUUGCCAAGUGUCUUUGAGUGCAUGACGCCAGUGCUGCAUUUCAGUUGUAUUUGUUGUCCGUUUCCCUAUGAUGCUUGACUUCCAGACUCUUCCUCGAUCCUUGUCAAAGUGUAGCAAUAAAGCAUAUGUUUCCUCAGCCAAACUACCCCUGCAUGCUGUAGCCAGCUCAAUUAUAUUUUGACCUGAUAGUUUAUGUAGCCAAGAGAGUGUGGAUACCUUGCCACAUAAGUUUGUAUCUCUGUGAAACUGAAGCAUGUCCUAGGAAACUUUUUUUUUUUCGUGAGUUGUGUGAGUGGGAUAUCCCCCCUUUAUUGCAUCGUUAAAACGACAAAAGAAAAAAAAGAAACAAAGAAAAAAAACCCACCUUUUUUUGCCUGCUUGUUUUGUAAGAAAAAAAAUUCUAUUGUUGAAAAUUUCUGUUGAACAAUUUCUAUUUUUUAUGAAAACCUAUGAAAGCUGCUUUGGUUGAGAGAGAUGUUUGCUAUUUAUGAGGAACAUCCGGGCCUUUGUUCUGACCUCAUACUAAUCCAAAUUAUUUAUUUUAUGGCAUAGCAUGCUGCUUACAGUUUACUAUAGCCAUUCCUAUCCUCUAGUUUGGUCUGGCGUGCUCCGCCUGCAGGCCUGUGGCUCUCAUAUGCAUGUUUUAUUGAGCGAUGAACACAGUCCAAGCAGCAAACACAAUGACUCCAUUUUAAUCUUGUCCUCAUGCAUGCGCUGAAGGUAGCGGUCCUCUUGAAUGUAAGGUGCUUUUCGACCUGUGUCUUCUCUAUGAGCUUUGUGUGCCAGUGGGACUCUUUGAGGACAUUUCAGGAAAGAAAGACAUCAGGCCGGAUUCCUCUGCGCUCCUGAUGUAGUUGUGACAAAAGGUAGCUGGUUUUCAAAUGUGCCAACCUAUUUUCAUAAACAUAUCAAAAGUUCAGUGUCGAGCUGUAGCACAGCUGAAUGUGUAGCUACAGUUGUUGUGAAUUUACUUUGUUGAAUGCUUGUAUUUUUACCGUUUAAGCUGUUCAUUACAAGUUUUGUAAUUCAGAUGAUGGCAAACGUUGAUUUUGGAAAGAUUUAUUUGGACACAGCAGCUUGAAUGAGAUCAUGGUAAGGGGACUCUUAUCAUAUUUAAAACAGAUUUGAACUCUAUAAUAGCUUGGGCUGAAUCCAUUUUUGAGUUUAUAAGGGAUAAAAUUGAGGAUUUUUAUACACCUGAUUUGAGCAGUUCAUAAUGUGAAUGGAAAGCAGUUAUGUAAAAAUAUUUUUUCUGUGAAUUAGUUAUUUUCAUACUGUAUGAUACGGGUUUGAAUUGUUAUAUGUAAGAAUUACUAGCUAUUAUUGUACAUUGUAGUCUUUUUUCAAAGAUAUAUGAUGAAUGAUUAGAUAUUUGUCAAGUUCUUUUGUUGAAGAUGUAUUUAUUGAGAUGUUUUAUGUGAAUGUAAAAUUUUUUAAGACAAAAUUUAUACUAAGUGUUUGCACUGCUAUAAUAUUGACGUAUCAUGAUUAAGAAAUAAAGCCAGUGGAGACGUGUCUG